AUGGGAGCUCCCGAGGGAGAUGAUGGGAAUGACGUGGCAUAUCAGCCAGCGGAUGUUGCUGAUGACGUGGGAGAAAUAAAAGAAACGGAAGGCGGUGAUUUGGCGGCGAAGGAAGAUGACAAGAGUAAGAAGGACAGAGAAAGGAGGAAAAGCAGGGAUAAGGAUCGAGAUAAGGAUCGGGAGAAAGGUCGGGAUAAGGGUCGGGAUAAGGAUCGAGGCGAUAAGGAAAAGGAACGAUCGGAAAGACACAAGGAGAGGAAAGUCAAGGAGAAAAGCAAGGAGAAGGAGGAGGAGAAGAAACGUGAGAAGAAGGAUGAGGACAAAGGGAAUGGUUUGGCGGAGGAGGAGCGCGUUCGGCGGGCGAGAGAGGAGAGGGAGCGGGACGCCAUGGAGAGGUCCCCCUCUCCGGGGGAGAAGGCGCGGAGGCGGCGGGAGGAGCGGGAGCGGGAUAGCCUUGAGCGGAGCGGAUCCGAGGGGGAGGGGGAUGGGCGGAGAGGGGGGGCGUUUGGGGGCGGAAGGGAAGGGGAGGAGGUGGGAACGCGGGGGGGAUGGGGGAGGGGGGGAGGGGGGUUGGAAGGCGACGCGUCUCGUGAUGCUGGGGGCGGGUAUUACGGUGGUAGUGGGGUGUAUGGCGGGUAUGGUGGGGCGUAUGGUGGUGGUGGUGCAGGGGGUGCGGCAGGAGGGGAUGUGGAUAUGGCAGCUGCUGAUGCAUCACUGGGUGGUUACGGUGAUGCCAGUGCUGCUGAUGCUGCUGCUGGUGGCGGUCCUUCUGUGCUGCCCCCUAUGCCGCCUCUGCCGCCGCCUCCCCCGCCCCCCAUUGACCCCGAGGCGGAAAUGAGGAUGAUGCAGAUGAUGGGCAUUCCCAUGGACUUCAACACCACCAAGGGCAAGGAGGUGAAGGGAGCCAAUCAGCUGAGCGCUGUGAAGCUGUCCACUAAGAGGCAGCCACGUCAGUACAUGAACAGAAGAGGCUUUCUGCCACGCGCGCUGGCUGAGUGGACACUCCGCUUUCCCCAUAGCAACGUGGCGGUUCCCGCUUUUCCCCGCGCGCAGUUCCUUCCUGUCUGCGCAUUGAGUGGCACCACCGAGAGGCCACGCCUCGCAGUGUUCCGCUCCAACAACCACAUCUACGCCCAGGUGGUUGACGACACCAAGCAGCACACUCUCGCCGCCGCGUCCACCCUCACACCCGCCCUCCGCGAGGAGCUGAAGCUCACGUCCGGCCCCACUGUGGAGGCAUCACGGCGUGUGGGGCAGGAGAUUGCUAAGAUCUGCUUGGAGAGGGGAAUCAGCAAGGUGGCCUUUGACCGUGGGGGUUUCGUGUACCACGGCCGCAUCCAGGCUCUUGCGGACGGUGCUCGGACUAUUUUCGCCUACGGUCAAACGAGCAGCGGCAAGACGUUCACCAUGAGAGGCGUGCCUGCGUGCGAAGGCGUCAUCCCGCUCUCCGUCCGUCAGGUCUUCGACACCAUCUCGCAGACAAUGAACCGGGAGUUUCUCCUUCGAGUUUCGUACCUCGAGAUUUACAACGAGGAGAUCAACGACCUGCUGGCUCCCGACAACCGGAGGCUUCAGAUUCACGAGAGCUCGGAGAGAGGUGUCUUUGUGGCUGGGCUGCACGAGGAGAUCGUCAUGUGCCCGGACCAAGUGCUUCAGCUGCUCAGCGUUGGCGAAACGAAUCGGUCCAUUGGAGAGACGAAGAUGAACGAGAAGAGUAGCCGCUCCCACGCCAUCUUCCGUAUGGUGCUUGAAAGCAGGGAGAUCCCAGAGGAGGGGGCUACAGAGGCUGAAAGUCCUGUUCUCGUCUCCAGUCUGAACCUGGUUGACCUUGCCGGGUCAGAAAGGGUGGCGAAGACGGGUGCGGAAGGGUCGCGGCUGAAGGAAGGCGCGCACAUCAACAAGAGCCUGAUGACGCUGGGGACGGUGAUCAACAAGCUCAGCGAAGGCGCGGAUAGGAACGGGGCGCACAUCCCGUACAGAGACAGCAAGCUGACGCGCAUCCUACAGCCAGCGCUGGGUGGCAACACCAAGACGGCCAUCAUCUGCUGCGCCACCCCCGCUCUGAGGCAUGAGGACGAGACGCAUGGCACUCUCCGAUUCGCCCUCAGAGCGAAGUGCAUCACCAAUUGCGCCAAAGUUAACGAGAUCGUCACCAACAACGUGCUCCUUAAGAGGCAGGCAAAGGAGAUUGAGGACCUGCGGCGCAAGCUGGAAGCAUCCCACUCGCCUGAGAUGGAGCAGGAAAUCAUGAAGCUGCGCAACGCCAUGCUCAAGAUGGAGUCGGAGAAGGAGGUGAUAGCGCUGCAGCUGCAGGAGGAGCGGGCGGCGCACUCACAGAAGGAGCAGCGCAUCAAGGAGCAGGAGAGGAAGAUUGAGAACCUCAGCACGCUCGUUAUCAAAGCGGCUGCAGGGGACAGGCAGAACGACAGGCGGCCCAAAAAGGGCAAUCGCAGGGAGUCGUGGUGUCCCAACGCACGAGUGGAGAGCAGCCCAGCCAGAAUCAAGGAGAACCAGCCUGGGGGAAUCAAGCGCCUGGCAUUCAUGCGCCGUGCCAUGGCCUUCAAAGAAGAUGAUGAGGAAGAGGAGGACGAGAAGGAAGAGAAAGAUGAGAAGGAUGAGAAGCCAGUUAAGGUUCAGGAGGUGAAUGGGGCUGCGAGGAAGAGGAGGAUCAGCAGCGUGCAGAAGCUGGCAGCUCUGUGGGAGACGAGUGGGCCCAAGGAGGUGAAGAACGAGGAGGAAUCUGAAGGGUUUCAGGACGGCCAGGUGUUUCAAAACGAAGGGCGGUUUGGGUCUGGGGUCGCCCAGGAUGAGAGUGCCCGUGAUGGUUCAAAGAAGAGGCGGGCUGCGCCGUUCUUUGGAGCUAAGGAGGAGAACUCUUCUGAGGUGUCUUCGCCUGUUGCAAAGAAACCUCUGCGUGGUGUGACCAUCAGCAGCACCCUGUCAGCUCAAUGGAACGAAGGGCAUGCGAAGCAGCUAGCAGAAAAGGACGCGCUUAUAGCGCAGCUGCAAGCACAGGUAGCCGCCAUGCAGGUCAACGCAGGCGGAGGAGGAGGAGGCACAGGAAGAAGCGCAGAAGGCGGAGUGAGUGUUGCAAACUCAGAAGUAGGAGCAGGCCCUGGUGCAGAGACGGGGAGGGAGGCGGGAGAGGGAGGGGAUGAGAAGGAUCAGGAGGCGUCGGGUGCAGGGUCGGGCCAGGAAAGACGGUCAAAGAGCAUGGGCACCCCUGCUGUGCUGGCGCAUGGGCUUCAGGCUAAGGUGGCAGCUCUUGAAAUGGAGAAGGCGUGCAUGCAGAGGGAGCUGGACUAUCUUCAGGAGGAGCUGGAGGAUUGCAAACGGCAGCUAGAGGAGGCACAAGCAGCUGCCAAGGCAGACACUCCCCGCUGCGACAACUGCAGCGCACUGAAGGAAGCACUGGAAUCAGCCAACUCUCAGUUAUACGAAACAGAGCAUCUGCUACAGGAAGCCACUGCCGAAGCAGCUCAAGCAAGAUGCGGGCCAGCAGGAGCAGCAGGUCAGCUGUUGGAGAAGCAGAGGGAGCUGGAGGCAGCAGUGUGGGAGGCGUCUCAGUUGAAACGGCGAGUAGAGGAGCUAGAAGCGAAUGUGAUUGCAGUGGAAGGGGUGCUGCUGGAGGUGAGCGGGGAGAAGGACAGCUUGGAGGAGGAGGUGGGUCGGCUUAAAUCACUGCUGACGGAAGGGAGGGCGGGGGCUGGUGGGGAUGACGCGGCUGGGAAGGAAUGUGAUGUGAGGGGAGUGGAGGAGAUGGAGAGGUUGAGGGAGGUGGUGGAGCAGAGGGAGAGGGAGCUGACGUCCCUCCAUGACGCUGUGAGGAGGCUGCAGGCGGAUGUUGCUCAGGCUCUUGGGGAUCCUGCCCCUGCCCCUGCCCUUGACACAGUGAACCACGGUAGCAGUAUGGAGCCUGGUGCAGGUGCUGGGAAGGCGGUGGUGGGGGAGAUGAGAGACCUGUGCGCGGCUGUUGGGCGGGUGAUCUCGUCCUUAGCUGCUGCCAGGAGUAAGUCAGAGGAUUUGAGUCUGCAGCUGAAGCAGGUGCGGGAGAGGGAGACGGAGGGCGAAAGGAAGCUGGCAGAGGCUCAAGCUGCAGCAGCUGAGAGCGCCAGGAAGCUGGCUCAUGCUCAGUUGGAGAGGAAGGGAGGAGAGGAGGAGGCAGCGGUGGUAAGCAGGCUGCAAGCGGAGUUGGAAGAAGCCGGGAGGGAGUUAGAAAGGGCGGUGGCAGCCCGGGAUACGGUGGAGUUGAACCUGUUGACUGCCAGACGAGAGGCAGAUGCAAGGGCUGCGGAGAGUGCGAGGCAGAUGGGGGUGUUUGAGGAGAAGAUAAGGGUGUUGGAAGGGGAGGUUGAGCGGGAGAGGGAGGAGAGGAGGACGUGGGAGGAGAGGGCGGAGGAGAGAGAGGGAGAGGUGCGGAGAGCGGCAGGGGAGAAGAGGGAGGCGGAGGAGAGGCUGGAGGGAGUGAGAAGGGAGGUGGAGGAGAUGAGUGCGAGGGUGGGGGAGAAGGAGAGGGAGCUGGCUGCUGUGCAGGAGGAGCUGAAGCUGGUGCUGAAAGAGAAGGACUCAGCAAGCCAGAGGGCGGACCAAGUGGCAGCAGAUCUGGAAGCAGCAAGGGCCUCAGCAACCGAGGCUCAGCUGCAGCUCGAGGUAUGCAAACAGCAGCACGCAGAGGAGCUGGCUGAGGCUCGCAAGGAGCUACUCGCAACCAAGAAGGAGAUGAGCUCCCUCAAGGGCAAGCCAGGAGCAGCCGAGCGCGAGCGGGACCAGCUGAGAAAAGAAGCAGAGAAGCGGAAAACCAAGAUGCUGGACCUAGAGGCGAAGCUGAAGGCGGUUCAGGCGGAGAAACUGAAUCUGCAGGUGGAUAAGGCGACCCUGGAGCGAGAGGUGAAGAGCCUGCGGAACCAGAGCAACCAGCUGGCGCGGGAUCUGAGCAAGCGGGAGCAGGUGGAGGAUAAGCGGCGCGAGGUGCAGGCAAAGGCUGUGCAGGCGGACAGGCAGCUGGCGGCGAUGGCGUCGGAAAUUGAGGAGAAAUACAGGGCAAUCGUGGACCUGCAGGAAGCACUCGAAGGUGCAGAGGGCGAGAGGGACGAGCUGAGGCUGAGGGUGGCGGCAGCGGCGGAGGAGAGCGAGCAGCUGCAGGCAGAGGUGGAUGCGGGGCAGGCGGACCUGCAGGAGGUGCUGGCGGACUUUGAGACGGCCACCACGCAGAUCAAGGCCCUGCAGGAGAUUCGCCAGGAGCUGACGGAGCAGGUGGAGGAACUGGAGAGGGGCAAGGCGGAGGCAGAGGCAGCUGGGAAGGAGGCAGAGGGGAAGAUUGUGGCGCUGCAGGCGAGGAUUCAGCUGGCAGAGGAGGAGAAGCGACAGCUGGAGGCAGACAUUGCUGCUGCAAGAAAGGAGCACUCUGAGCUAGCCGCACAGCACAAGGAGGCAGUGCAGGACCUGGAGAAGGAGAAGGCGAGAGUGGCCAAUCUGGAGGGCGAUCUCAGAGCGGAGAGAGCCAAGAGCGAGCGCCUUGGAAAGCAGGCGGACGAGGUGGUGGCGAUGGAGAGCAAGCUGAACGCAGCGAAUGAGAGGAUAGCGGGGCUGCAGAGGCAGGUGCAGGAGCGGGAGGAGCAGGUGGAGCAUCUCAAGCAAGAGAGAAAGGAGGCGGAGGAGGAGGCGCGUGCAGAGGGGGAAGGAGCUGCCCUGGCUGUGAAGAGGGAGCUGGCGUCGCUGCAGAACAAGUACAGUGCUCAAAAGAGUGUGUGGCGCAAGGCCUUUGCAGAGAAGAAGGAACGGGUCGAGAAUCUCACGGGUCGACUGCAGCAGUCCGAGCAGCAGCGGAUGGAGCUGCAGCGGCUGCUGCAGUCACUGCAGGCAGAAGCAGGGAGUGAAGGCGAGGAGGAGGAGGAGGCAGGGAACAGGAGAAAGGGGAGUGGUGGUGAGUGGAGGGGGCGCAAGGAGGUGGUGGCAGUGCUGAUCAGCGCGCAGGACACAAACAGGAAGCUUGUCAAGGACCUGGAGGGCGCCAGGCAGAAGCUGGCAGAGGCAGAGAAGCAGAGGGAUGAGCUGCAGCAGGUGUUGGAUUUGAAGGAGGAGGCGUGGGAGGAGAGGGAGGAGAAGGAGAAGCGCCUGCAGCAGCUGGAGCUGGAUGUGAAACUGUAUGAAGCAAACCAGAAGGACUACCUCAUGCAGAUUGAGUCACUGGAGAAUCAGCUUCAAGCGAAGGAGAACCAGCCAAGAGGUUCUUUGACCGGACAUGGCGAUAAAGUCUGUCAGAUGAGCAUAGCUGUGGGUAAGAAUGGUGUCUCGCCAUCUCCCAAGAGGGCUCGCCAACCACUAACAGAUCUACACUAG